AUGCAUUUCUGGAUGUUUGUGGUCAUUGUCAUCGGUUCCAUCCAGACAGACAUGGCUAUUCAAUGGAGCAAAAUCAACUUACGGCCAUCUCACAUGCCCUUUUUCUUUACCAACAAUCCAGAACUACGUGCAAUGUGUGAACACGACGUUACUUGUCCAUUUAAGGAUGUUCUCAACUUAACACGAUGUUGGGGGUAUGAAAGUACCUGUCCCACAUCUGAUCGUCUCAUUAACCCAGACUGUUCUGGUGAUAGCCGAUACUGGGCUCAAAAUAAAAGUGAGCAGCUUGAGAAAUUCUGGUCAACUGCUGAUUUUGGUAUGGUAUUGGAAAGGCGUAGAGAAAUGAAAACUUUAUGUGAACCUCUUCAGCAGGGUGAUUCUAGCCUUGAAUGCUGUCGCUAUUUGAGGUAUUGUAGAGCACGCAACAUAUACAUUGAUUUCAGCUCAGCAGAUAUCAUUCACGGAAUAGACAGAAAUCGUUAUCGAGAGGACAUUUUGGGUCCUAACCAAAUUGGAGGUCACUGUCAGCUUGAUGUGAAUGCUCUCAAAGCGGAAGGAGAACAUAAGAGUCCACUACAAUCUUGGUUUGCAGAGUUUGAGCAUUUCACGUCUUUGAACUUUUUUCCCUCCAAAGGAGAAGGGUGUGAUAUUGUUUUUGAUAAGCCAACAUAUUUGAUAAAACUUGAUGCCGGCAUCAACAUGUACCACCACUUCUGUGAUUUUGUCAACCUUUAUGCAUCACAGCACAUCAACAACUCAUUUGACACUGACGUCAACAUCAUUAUGUGGGACACAAGCCCAAUGCCAUAUGGUGACUUUUUCAGCCUGACCUGGAAAGUGUUCACAGACCGUCCUGUUAUACCUUUGAGCGAUUUAGAUGGAAAAAAGAUCUGUAUCAACGAUGCUGUAUUCCCCCUUUUAGCAAGGAUGCGAUUUGGCCUUUAUUACAACAUGCCAUUGAUGCCAGGAUGUGUUGGUAGCAGCCUCAUCAAGGCAUUUUCAGAACAUGUUUUGUAUCGACUUGGUGUCCGACAAAGUGGCCCAUUGAGAGACCAAAUUCGCAUUACCCUUCUUGUUCGAGGUACAAAGUACAGAAAUAUUUUGAAUAAAGCAGAGCUGACCUCUGCUAUGAAAACCGAUGGAGAGUUUGAAGUCACAGUUAUUGAUUUCAACAAAGAUGUGCCUUUCUUAAAUCAAAUACAGAUAUCUCACAACAGUGACAUCUUUAUCGGGAUACAUGGCUCAGGACUGACUCACAUGCUUUUCCAGCCAGACUGGGCAGUUGUUAUGGAGCUUUACAACUGUGAGGACCCUGGCUGUUAUUCAGACUUGGCUCGACUGAGGGGAAUUCGCUACAUGACUUGGGAAAAGAAAGACAAGCUGAUUCAGGAAGAUGAGGGUCAUCAUCCAACGAUGGGAGCUCAUGCCAAAUUCACAAACUACGCAUUCGAUGUCAAUGAAUUUAUGAGGCUGAUUUACAAGGCAGCGGAUCAUGUUCGAAGUCACCCAGAAUUCCAGAGAGCUCGUGAAGAGAAAUAUGGCAGUGUUGAAGAUGCCAAUAGUGAACAAGAAACUGCAAACAUAGAUAGGUCUGAACUAUAA